AUUGCCGGUCGCCGACUGCCGCCCGACUCUGUGCCCUAAAAACCACGUACAAGGUAUUCCGGCAAUCACAUCGUCAUGGCAGCCCAGGUGCCCCGGAAUUUCAAGCUCCUCGCCGAGCUGGAGAAGGGAGAGAAGGGAAUGGGUGCAGGUGCUUGCUCGUAUGGUCUUGAGGAUCCCGAGGACAUCUACAUGACACAUUGGCGGGGUACUAUCUGGGGCCCUCCGCACGGGAACCACGAGAACCGCAUCUACGAGCUCAAGAUGGAAUGUGGCCCCAACUACCCCAACGAGCCGCCCGAGAUUCACUUCGUCAGCCAGAUCAACCUCCCCGGCGUCAGCCCGACGGACGGCAAGGUGGACAAGAACGCGAUCCCCAUCCUCCGCGACUGGAGCCGGAUUGCUGCGGAACUGGCCAAGAAUGCAAGGCCGAAGGAGGAUCCCCUGAGCUUAGAGACGGCCCUGAUUUCCAUAAGGAAAUAUAUGGACGAGAACAAAAAGCUCCCCCAGCCGCCGGAGGGAUCCAAGUACGAGAUUUACCAAUGAGGAGUAACGUCACGCCUAUCACAUGCCAACGGGUCGAUUCCGGGGACGUUCGGAAGGGUAUAUGGAUGGAAUGGAAUUGCACCGCGGGAUCCAGGCCAGAUUCGACUACCAAUGCUGGGCCUUUUUAUUCAUUACGGAAACACAUUUAGCGCCAUUAAGAAGCACACAUCGCGUAAUCGUCUCCCUUCGUGCCUUUUUGCUGAGCCUUAUUAUCUCACGUGAUCUCGUGUCGCUGACUUUUGCCCGUGGUCGCGUGCCCAACUCUUGCGUUUCCGAAAUUUCGGAGCUUGCCGCAGCUCAAUCAAAUGCAUCAAUGCACCUCCUGAUGCCAUCAUUUUGACAACCAGAUGAAUGCCGUCGUUCUUCGUCCCAGCCC